AUGGCAAAAGGCUCCUUCACGUUUGCUGUUUUCCUUCUGGGAUACCUCCUUAAUGCCGAAUGUACAGUUUUCAUUGACCAGGAAGAUGCAAGUUCUGUUUUGCACCGAUAUAAACGAUUCAAUUCUGGACGCUUGGAAGAGGUGAUUAGUGGAAACCUUGAACGAGAGUGCUUGGAAGAAAAAUGCAGCUUUGAGGAAGCAAGAGAAGUCUUUGAAAACCAAGAGAAAACGGUGGAAUUUUGGAAUGCAUAUAUUGAUGGAGAUCAAUGCGAGUCAAACCCUUGCACAAAUGGAGGGAAAUGUGAGGAUCAAGUUGGUUACUACAUCUGUUGGUGCCUAGCUGGUUAUGAAGGAAAGAACUGUGAAUUAGAUGCUACUUGUGCAACAAAGAACGGAGGAUGCAAGCAAUUCUGCAAGAAUAGCCCAUCGGGAGGAGUGAUCUGUUCCUGCAUCUCUGGUUACAAGCUUGGGGCAGACCAGAAGUCCUGUGAACCAGCAGUGCCCUUUCCUUGUGGAAGGAUUACAGCUCCAGAGGCGGUCAACAAACUCACCCGUUCCAUCAACACAUUUGACAACUGGUCCUUCACCAAUGAUACAGACGGUGUUGUGAAAGACAACAGCACUGAGAUCGUUCCCCAGUCAGAAACCAAAAUUCGAGUGGUUGGGGGCAGAAACAGCAAGAAAGGCGAAGUACCUUGGCAGGUUCAUGUGCUUAACAAUGAGCAGAAGGGAUUCUGCGGGGGCUCGAUCAUCAAUGAAAACUGGAUCGUGACUGCAGCGCACUGCAUUGCAGCUGGACCACAUACUAUUGUUGCAGGUGAACUCCACACAGAGGAAGAUGACCACACUGAACAGUACCGCAGAGUGGUAAGGAUAAUCCCUUAUCCCGCAUACAACAGCAGCCUGAGGUACCACAACGACAUUGCCCUCCUUGAACUGGAUUCGCCACUAGAGCUGAAUAGUUAUGUCACACCUGUUUGCAUAGCAGACAAGGAUUUCACCAACAGCCUUCUGAAGUUUGGAGCAAGCACUGUGAGCGGCUGGGGAAGGCUGGCACACCAAGGGCGGGAGGCAAGCAUCCUCCAGGUCCUGAAAGUUCAGUUGAUUGACCGGGCCACCUGCUUGAGGAGCACCAGGUUCUCCAUCGUGUCCAGCAUGUUCUGUGCAGGGCAUCCGUACGAGGCAAAGGAUACAUGCCAAGGAGACAGUGGAGGUCCACAUGCCACGGAAAUGGAAGGCACCUGGUUUCUGACCGGGAUAACCAGCUGGGGGGAGCAGUGUGCCAUGAAAGACAAAUACGGCAUCUACACCAGAGUUGCAAGAUAUGUCAAGUGGAUCAGAGACACAACCAGGCAUACCUGA